ACCAAACAAACUCUAAAAUAGUUUAAAAAAAAAAAACAGAACAAGAAUUGAAAGAGUUUUCCCCGCACAGGCACAAUACUCUCGCCGUGAAUAUUUGCUCAGCCUCCGUCGCAGUCUGCCGACCGUUCAGAACUCUCCACCGAUUUUGCCAACUCCACCGCUCGUUAUGGACUCCAUCUCCGGAGUUCCGUCUCCCCUCAACACCGCCCCGCCGCGACCUCCGUCGUCAUCGCCGUUUCCCGGCCGGGAAGACUGCUGGAGCGAAGACGCUACUUUCACUCUCAUCGACGCAUGGGGUGAGCGCUACCUAGACCUUAACCGCGGUAACCUUCGCCAGAAGCACUGGCAAGAGGUUGCCGACGCCGUCAACGACCUCCACGCCGCCGGUAACAACAACAAGAAAGCUCGUCGAACCGACGUUCAGUGCAAGAACCGAAUCGACACGCUGAAAAAGAAGUAUAAGAUCGAGAAAGCUAGGGUUUCCGAAUCCGACAGCGGUUACCAGAGUUCUUGGCCAUUCUUCUCCAGCCUCGACGUCCUCAUCGGAAACACUUUUCCGGUAAAGAAACACUCGCCGCCGGUAAGCGAACGAACCACCGUCGCCGUCGUCAAAUCUCCACCGUCUCCUCCGGCAUGGAUAGUCUCUCAUCCGGUUGGUCCCCGAUCCGGGACACAAAAACGUCCGGCGCAGAUGAACAGAGACGACACUUCUUUCCGACGGAAUUUCUCAGCCUUUGCAACUGCCGCAGCGGCAGUGGCUAAGGCAGAAAGUGAGGAAACCGAGGAAUGGAAGUCGAAUAGUGGAAAGAAGAGUGGGAAGAGGGGAAGAGAGAGUGAUAUGAACAUGGAGUGUGGGUACAAACAUCUUGCUCAGGCGAUAGAGAGGUUUGGUGAAGUAUACGAAAGAGUUGAAGCUUCGAAACAGAGACAAAUGGUGGAAUUGGAAAUGCAGAGGAUGAAAUUUGCAAAGGACUUAGAGUUCCAAAGGAUGAAGUUAAUCAUGGAAACGCAGAUUCAGAUUCAGAAAAUCAAGCGCAGCAAGCGUUGUUCUCCCGGUGUUGCAGACAGUUUCUCAUAGCAACCGGUGAAGAAGAAUUCUAUUGAGAAGAUUAGAUAGAUUUUACAUUUUGGACAUGGAAGCAUAUAUAGCCCCCUUUUUACCUUAUGAAAAAAUAAUUUAGGAAAAGGUAUUUCACAGUGAGGUUCAGGUUUGGUUGUAUUUAUAAUGUAAUGCUUGCUUUUGUGUAGUAAUUUUUCUUUCUUUUUUGAUCACCUUUGAACCUUUGAGGAACACUAGAGAAGAUCAUAAAUGAACAGUAGAUUGUGGAUGGCUUACUCAAUGGAAACUUUCAUUGAUUAGAUUUAUAAAGAUAGCUUACAUUA